AUGGAAAAUCUGUUGGUGACAACUGUCAAGGUCAGCAAUCUCUCCUUGGGGGCUUCUGAGCGUGAUGUGAAAGAGUUUUUCUCGUUUUCUGGCGAUAUUGAAUAUGUGGAGAUGCGAAGUGAUACUGAACGGUCUCAGAUUGCAUUUGUUACCUUCAAAGAUGCACAGGGAGCAGAGACCGCAGUUCUUCUCUCGGCAUCGAGCAAGAAACCCGAGUCGGCCAUCCAAAAGGCAGAAGACGUGGUGAGCAGCAUGCUCGCCAAGGGCUUCAUUCUCGGAAAAGACGCCGUGAACCGAGCAAAGUCCUUGGACGAGCGGCACGGGCUGACCUCCACGGCCAGCGCCAAAGUCUCUUCACUCGACAAGAAAAUCGGCUUAACCGAGAAGAUCUCGAUUGGGACCUCCAUCGUGAACGAUAAAGUCCGUGAGGUGGACUCGAGGCUGCACGUGACCGAGAAGGCCAGGUCAGCGCUGGCGGCCGCUGAGCUGGCGGGUUCGGCCAUCAUGAAGAACAGGUACGUGCUGACAGGGACCACGUGGGUUGCGGGUGCCUUGAGCAAGGUGAGUCAGGCGGCUGGGGAGGUGGGACAGAGGACUAAGGAGAAAGUCGUGGUGGCUGAGGACGAGCAGAGGAGGAAGAUGGUCGAUGACUUUGCGCAGGUUCACCUUUCCGAGUCUCCUAAAGGGUCCGACUCGGACGAGUCCAAGCCGGCCCCAGUUCAAGGUUUGGUCCUCUGA